UUUUCUUUACUUUCGUUUUCUUGACGUUUCAGCAGGCUAGCAGUUUCAGCAGAAAAGAGUCUAUAUUCAGCACAUCCUCGUGAAAUGAGCAACGAAAACAUGGAAGCAAAGCUCAGGCAGCUGGAGUGUCUUUUUACAUGGGGUGUAGAAAAAUCUGACAUAAGGGAUUUGAACAGCUUUCCAGACAAACUCCAUGACAGGAUCACAUUUUUUCCACAAAAGUACCAUGCCACGUAUUUCAACCUUCUGGCUUUUAUUAGCCACUUGGAGGGUAAAACCGAGUGUGCGCUGGACUACCUUCAGAAGGCUGAAUUGGCAUUAAAGGAAGAAAAGCAAAAGGAAGCUGAGUUCCUGGUGACAUUCUCCAGCUUUGCAUGGGUGCACUAUCACUUACAGAGGCUAAAUGAUGCAGACGAUUACUUGAACAAAGUGAAAAGUAUCUGCAAGGACAUAACGGGUUCAUCAGAUUACUCCUGCAGCUUGCCUGUAGUACAUGGUGAGAAAGCCUGGAGCUUUCUGAGACUUGGAGCAACAUUCUAUGACCAAGCAAAAGAGAGUUUCUCUAAGGCUCUUGAGGCAGAACCAGACAACAUUUUGUUUAAUGUGGGCUACGCAAUAGUGCUUUACAGGAUAGACGGCAUAAACAAAGCAGAAGACACUGGAACAGUCACCCAACAGCUUAGAAAAGCUUUCAGCCUAGAGCCCACAAACACUGAGAUCAUGGUACUUUUGGCUCUGAAACUCCAGAGGUCAAGAAGACAGGAAGCCCAGCACCUUAUAAAAGAGGCCCUCAGGAUGUCUCCUGAUGUUCCACAAGUAACCAGAUACGUGGCCAAAUACUUCAGGGCCGAGGGAUCCAUUGAAGAAUCACUGUGUGUCCUCAAGAGGGCAGUAGAGCUUGCUCCAAACUCCUCCUUUCUGCACCAUCAAAUUGGCCUUUGUCAUAAACAACAGCUUAUUCAGAUGUCUGAGGAGAGGAGGGCCGGGAGGCGCAUUCCUGAGGCUCAAAAAGCCUCUAUGGUGGCUGAAUGUAUCCAACACUUCUCAAAGGCUGUAGAGCUGAAGCCUAGCAAUAUUUAUGGCAAAGUGGAUUUAGCAGCGGCAUAUGGUGAGAACCGGCAACUUGGAGAGGCAGAGAAGAUCUUUAGCAGCCUGAUAGAUGACAAAGCUCUCAGUGAGUCUGAUAAGCAGCACUGCCACACAUGCUAUGGUUUGUUUUUGCUCUACAAGAAAAAGAAUGAAGACAAAGCAGUCAGUCAGUUCAAGGCAGCAUAUAUGAUUCCAGCCAACACCUAUGAAAGGAAACAAGCUGGCAAGAAGCUCAGACUGAUCGCAGAGAGGAAUCUCAACGCCAAGAAGAAAGUCAGUGAAGCAUCUGAGAUUUUGGCCUUCAUAUCUUCUGAAGACAAGCAGGAGACGCAAGCAAAAUAGUAUUUGCCCAGCAGCAACACUACUCAUACUAAGGAGCUGUCAAAAAACUUGUGCUAAGGCACAGACAUUUUAACUAAUUUCUUGCGUGUACAUAUAUUUAUCAAAAA